AUGGCCGACGCUUUAGUUAAUGUUGCUGCCGAGGCGAUCCUGAAAAAGUUAGCAUCCAUAGCUGUCAACGAAGUCGCCCUUGCUUGGGGUUACAAAGAGAAGUUGUACACACUUGAAGGGACCUUGAAAAUGAUUCGUGCCAAGUUACAGGAUGCCGAGAAUCAGAAAGGUCAAAAACAUAGUGUGAUGGAGUGGCUGAAACAGCUAAAAGAGGUGGUUGCUGAAGCUGAUGAUGUAGUCGAUGAGGUUCACUACGAAAUGUUGAGGCGUGAGGUAAAGAAGCGAGAUCGGGUGGCAAUAAAGGUACCCUCUCUCCCAAGCUUGAAAAAGCUUUUCUUUCGUAGUGAAAUGGGUCAUAAAAUCAAAAACAUUAACGAAAAGUUGUCUCAAAUCAAUAAACAAGCAAACGAGUUGGGACUACAAAAUGAACAGCCUGGCCCUGUUGUUCAAUAUCGCCCCUACCUGGAGACAGAUCCAAAUUUAGGCGAAUUCAAAAUUGUUGGGAGGGAGGAUGAUGAAGAACGCAUCAUACACCUUUUAACCGAGUCAAGAAAAGAAGAAAAACUUACGAUUGUUCCUAUUGUGGGAAUGGGCGGGAUGGGGAAGACCACUCUGGCUAAGUCCGUAUACAAUAAUCCAAAAAUCCAGCAAUAUUUUGAUGUGAAAGCGUGGUUGUGUGUGUCGGUUAAGGUUGACAUCAACACACUUCUGGCAAAGAUCUAUGAAUCUGUUGUAGGAGAGAAACCUAAGUCGGAAACAAUGGCCAAUUUAGUUGGAGAUCUUGAAAAGAAGUUGGGAGCAAAAAGAUACUUGCUAGUCCUGGAUGAUGUUUGGGACGAAGAGAGAUUAUAUUGGGAAGAUUUUAGGAGUGUUAUGAUAAAUGUGAAGUCACAAAUUGGAAGUGGCGUUCUUGUCACUACCAGGAAACUUGACAUAGGAACGAAGGCUAUGGUGAUGAAUUCAUGUCCUUUAAAAGGUCUUUCUAAUGAUGAUUGUUGGAACAUCUUUAAAGAGAGGGUCUUUCUAGCAGGACAAUCACCACAACCUGAAUUGGAGGAGAUAGGGCGUGAUAUUGCCAAAAAGUGUAGUGGUUUGCCUUUGCUAUUAAACGUAAUAGGAGGAAUGUUGCAAAAUUACAGUGACCCUGAGAAGUGGUUGGCCAUCAAAAAUAGCAAAGUUUGGGAUCUAGAAGAUGAAAGGGAGAGAGUUCAAAAGAGUUUGGAACUGAGCUUUGAUAAUCUUCCAAAUUCUAUGGCCAAGCAAUGCUUCACAUAUUGUUCCAUCUUUAAGAAAGAUAAGGUUAUGGAAAGGGAUGAACUGGUCCGACUUUGGAUGGCUUUAGGGUUUGUUCAAGCAGAUGAGGAAAAAGACAAGGCAGUGGAGGAUGUGGGAAAUGAUAUUUUUCGAAUUUUGGUUAGCAACUCAUUGUUCCAAGAUGUUGAAAGGGAUGAGUAUGGUAACAUCAGUCAUUGUAGCAUGCAUGAUCUGGUGCAUGAUCUUUCAUUAACACUCUCAAAACAUGAAAGCGUAUGUCUGGUGGAUGCAACAAACGAUGACAUUGCACGUAUCCCUCAGGUUAAACAUCUCGCUGUUUACCAUGAACAGAACUUUGAAUCGGCAGCGGAGGUUUCUAUGUGCAUCGAAAGGAAUACAGUGGCUAGAACUUUGCAUACAUUGUUUAUCAAACUUGAACUCGAGAAGAAGUUUUCAUUUCAACGAUUAAAGUGCAUACGCAUUCUAAAACUCAAGGGAGAUUUUAUUGAGAAGUUAGACGAUUCAAUUGGAGGGUUGGUGCAUCUCAGGUAUCUGGAUUUGAGAUAUACGAAGAUCCGUGUUCUUCCUGAAUCAAUUGGUAAAUUAUACCACUUGCAAACUCUGAAGUUGCAAGGGUGCAAUCGUCUCAAGAAGUUUCCAAAAGCCAUGAGAAAUUUGAGAAGCCUGCGGUAUUUCAUGGGUAACAGAAACAUUCCCGCCAAUAUCGUGGGACAAUUGAUUUGUCUUCGAGAACUGUCUUCAGUCAAAGUGCUUAGAAGGAAAGGACAUGGUAUUGAAGAGCUACGCCAUUUGAAUAACCUUGGUGGAAAGCUCUGUAUUGGCGGUCUUGAAAAUGUUAGGAGCAAAGAGGAUGCUGUCAAGGCAGAUUUAUCUAGCAAGAAAAAUUUAUACAUGAUUGAAUUUGAAUGGAGUGAGGACGAUGAUGAAGGUGCCAACAGAAACGACAAGGAAGUACUGGAAGGCUUGCAACCCCCUAAAGAUGUAAAAGAAUUGGCAAUUACAAGAUUUUAUGGUGAUAAUUUUCCAGAAUGGGUAACGAAGAUGGCAGUCAAUAUUGAUAGGAAAGAAACGCCCCUUGACAAGCUCGUGUCAAUCAGAUUAUCUGGGUGUAGGAGCUGCCUCUCUCUUCCGACGCUUGAGCAGCUACCACAUCUUCGGGAUCUUGUGUUGGAGGAUAUGGACAGCUUGACAUGCUUAAGGAGUUGCGAUGUUACUGGAUCAAUGAAGCCUUUGUGUCCAUCGUUGAGAUCCCUCCGACUAUAUGAUAUGUACAGCCUGGAAAAGUGGAUAGAUGGAUCACCCAACAGCUCAAAAAUGAUAUCGCCUGUCCUCCAGAAGUUGGAGAUUGCUUAUUGCCCAAAGAUUGCUAUCUUAGAUGAAUGCCAUCCCCAUCCUCUUGUGUCCUUAACCAUCCGGAAUUGCACAGGUCUGGUGUAUAUUAUGAGCAUACAAGGCCUCACAUCUCUUGAAUCUUUAGUAAUCAGCGGUUGUCCAAGUCUUUUGGUAAUAGCCAAUUUGCCCAAUGAGUGUCAUUCUUUGAAGACUUUGUUUAUUAGAUUUUGCACCAACCUGACACCCUUGCCUCAGAAAACGUUUGACUGUUUUGCCUUCUUAAAUAAGUUGGAACUUGGUCCGUUCUCAAAAGAGCUCGAUUCUUUCCCGAGUCUCCAAGGCAUUGACAAGUUAAGGAACCACCUUCACGAGUUAACGUUGUACGGUGUGGAUCAGUGGGAGUCGAUACCUGAAGAAAUACAACACCUCACCUCACUCACUGAGUUACACAUAUAUAGUUUCGGAAUAAAAGAAAUGCCUACGUGGUUAACCAACAUGUCAUCUAUCCAACGUUUAAUUGUCUAUAACUGUAAGGGGCUAAAUAAAGAAAUAGUUAGACGGGGAGCGCCGCCGGAAGCAAAUGAUGUCAGAUUAGAUAAUAAAAUGUGUUAA